AUGUUCUUGCCAGCGUUGUAUGCGGCGACUCUCCUCGCUCUUUACCCGUCGAGCGCACUCGGACAGUAUCUCUUGGGCGUUGGCAUUGGAGAUGUAACGGGUCCAGUGACAGAGACAAACAUGAUGGGCUACGCCGACCUCAGCCAGACCGACACAGGCCUCCAUAUGCGACAACGCAGCCGUGCGUACAUUGUUGCCGAAGCCGCCAAUGCGACCAAUCGGUUCCUGCUCAUCAAUUCAGAUAUCGCCAUGGGUGACUCGGGCGUCCGCCGUGCAAUUGUGGCCAAGCUUUCUGCGCUUUACCCUGGCGUGUACGACGACAACAACAUUGGGCUCGUUGGAACGCAUCAGCAUGCAGGUGUAGGUGGCUACCUCGAGAACUUGCUUCCACAACUCACUUCGUUGGGCUUUGUGCGCGAGACGUUUGAUGCAAUUGUCACUGGCUCCGUCAAGGCUGCCGUCGACGCGCACAAUAGUCUGGCGGCAGGGUCACUAUCCUUUGGGACCACCGACAUUCUCCAGGGAAAUAUCAAUCGCUCGCCGUCUGCGUAUCUUGCAAACCCUGCAGAGGAACGAGCAAAAUAUGCAUACGACCAGGACAAGACGAUGACACUCAUCAAAUUUACGGGCUCAAGUGGCGAUAGGGGCUUCCUUAGCUUCUUCCCGGUCCAUGGAACCUCUCUUUAUCAAAACAAUACGCUCGUUAGCACUGACAACAAGGGCAUGGCAGCCUAUUUGUACGAAAAUUAUGCCGAGCCGAAUACUGCACCUGGAAAGACUUCUUUUGUCGCUGGCUUUGUUCAAGCCAACGUUGGUGAUACUAGCCCCAACACUCUUGGAGCGUUUUGUCAAAGUCCAGGCAAGCCAUACGACGGACAGCCUUGCGAGUUUUACCAAUCAACGUGCGGAGGUGUCACUCAAGAAUGUCACGGACGCGGUCCAGGAUUCCGAGUCUCCGACUUUGAGUCCAACUACCUCAUCGGCAGCUACCAAUUUGAAGGUGCCAAGACGAUUAUGGAAUCCAACUCGCUUAAAUCCUUGAACGGCUCCGUACGCGCGGCGCACAUCUACGUCGACAUGUCGACCUAUACGUUUAAAGGCGCAGACGGACAGACGAAACGAACGUGCAAGCCUGCUAUGGGAUAUGCAUUUGCAGGAGGAACGACCGAUGGUCCUGGCGCAUUUGAUUUCAAACAAGGUACCACCUCUGGAAAUCCGUUUUGGGAUAUCGUCAAGGGAUUCGUGACCCCUCAGCCAAGCGCGGAUCAGGUCGCAUGCCAUGCGCCCAAGCCAAUCCUACUCAACACUGGUGAGGCAACGCAGCCGUAUGAUUGGCAGCCCAAGAUUGUCAAUGUCCAGCUGUUCCGUGUGGGACAAAUGGUCAUUCUACUCGUUCCUGGAGAGUUUACGACAAUGGCUGGGCGCCGAUUGCGUGAGGCUGUCAAAGCCAAGCUCGUCGCAAAUCCGUCCAUCAUGGGUACAGACGUCACAGUCGUCAUUGCUGGUCCUUCAAACACGUACGGCCACUAUGUCACCACCAAGGAGGAAUAUGGUGUGCAGCGUUAUGAAGGUGGCUCGACGAUCUAUGGUCCUAACACCCUCGAUGCGUAUAUCAACAUCUAUGGGGAUAUGUUGGGAUACAUUAGUGAUGCACCAAGAGCGCCCCCAUCGCAAGCGGGUGCACCACCGGAUUUGACGAAGAACCCUCUUUCUCUUCGAACUGGUGUCGUUCUCGACAAUGUCCCGAUUGGAUCCUCGUUUGGCAAAGUCCUUACCGCACCUUCGGGUUCCUACUCGAAAGGUUCCACGGUAACAGUCAAGUUCCAGGGAGCCACGCCUCGUAACAACCUCCGACUCGAAGAGACCUUUUUGACCAUUGACCGCCAAGUCAACGGACAAUGGCAGACGUACCGCACCGAUUCGCACCCGUCGACAAAGUACAACUGGAAGCGAACAAAUGGUGCGCUCGGCUAUAGCGAGGUUACGAUCACCUGGGACAUUGAGCGCGAUGCGCCCUCGGGUACCUAUCGUAUCACCUACUAUGGCGAUUACAAGAAUGGCUGGACGGGCAAGAUUAGCGCGUUCACAGGCCAGACGGGUUCUUUCACCGUCUCUUAA